CGGGCCUCUGCGGCGUCUGAGAGCCCGAGACGGCGGAGCGGAGCAGGCCGGUGCCGGAGAGGGUCAGGACGGGAAGAGACGCGGAGGGAAGACGGGCAGUGCACGACCACCGGAGGGUUCAGGCCCGGGGUUGUAUGGCGAAACGGGAGAAGGAUUUGCUGAAGGAUUUGAUGGUCAGAAGGUGGAUCCGUUUCAUCGCCACACAAGUCCAUCAACAUUUUUGUAUUCCAGAGAUGGAACAAGAAGUGUGUGACGUCACACAAGAAAAGAAACCGAUGGAAACACCGCCACGGAGAGUCGGACGGCCCGCUCGGAAACGCAAAGCACCAGUAGUGGAUAGCUGUGGGCGUGUGGCUGAAGGCGUGGCCUGUAUGAAACAGGCGGGGUGUAACGGUGACACAGAGCUGCGGGUUUCGCAGAAAAACCUGGAACGGAAUGACUCCUCCCCUGAGUCCACCCAUCGGAAUGGCGCAGACACGCCCCCUGGACCAGAUGAGGACUCCGCCCCUUCCACUCCAAGGAAAAAGCGAGGGCGACGGAAACUUGAACACCCGGAGAGACAUAUGGAAGACGAUGACACCAGCAGUGACACCAGCAGAGGAGAGAGCGACGGGGGCCGGCAGAGGGUCCGUCAGGGCUGGGACAUCAGUCUGAGGAGACGGCCCAUACAGAGAGAGACAUUUCAGGCCGGAGACCCUUAUCACAUCAGUCGCAGAGAGAGAGAGGAGUUGCUCGCCCACUGGAAGAAAGCGAAGGUGAGGGAGAGAGAGAGGGAGAGAAUGACGCUAUUGCGUGUUGAUGCAAUGGACGACCAAUCAGCAGCGGAUUCUCAGAAAGAUGAUGAGGAGUCAGUCAUCAAUCUUCCAUCCACGGCCACACCCCAGCAGCAGCUGCACACUGACCCCGCCUCUCCAACGGUUGCCACGACACCUGAGCCGCCUCCCGUCGCCUGUGGUAACAAAGUCAUGGCGAGAUCUAUAGCCAUGGAUCUUGAAUAUGAGGACGGUCAUGGGUUUGGGAUCGGAGAGCUUGUCUGGGGCAAGUUACGGGGUUUUUCCUGGUGGCCCGGGCGGAUCGUGUCGUGGUGGAUGACGAGUCGCUGUCGAGCCGUGGAAGCCACCCGCUGGGUCAUGUGGUUUGGAGAUGGCAAGUUCUCAGUGGUGUGUGUGGAAAAGCUGUUGCCCUUGAGUGCAUUUUGCCCGUCAUUUCAUCAGCCCACCUACAACAAACAGCCGAUGUACAGAAAAGCCAUUUAUGAAGUUUUACAGACGGCGAGCACGCGCGCAGGUAAGCCCUUCCCCGUCUGUGUUUCCACGGAUGAAUCUGAGUCUGGGAAGAGUGUGGAACUGCAGACGAGACAGAUGAUCGAAUGGGCCAGCGCCGGGUUCCUCCCCUCCGGUGCCAAAGGCCUGGAGCCUCCGCCAGCGGAGCGAAGCCCUUAUACGGAGGUGUAUCCCGAGAUGUGGGUGGAGCCUGAGGCUGCGGCAUACACAGCUCCGCCCCCUGCCAAAAAACCCAGGAAGAACAGCGUUGAGAAACCUAAAAUCAAAGAGAUUAUAGAUGAGGGAACCCGAGAGAGGCUCAUCUGUGAGAUCAGACAAAAGUGUCGCAAUAUCGAAGAUGUCUGUAUUUCCUGUGGAAGUCUGAACGUGUCAUUAGAACAUCCUCUUUUUGGCGGAGCGAUGUGUCAGAGCUGCAAGAACUGCUUCCUGGAGUGUGCGUAUCAGUACGAUGACGACGGAUAUCAGUCGUACUGCACCAUCUGCUGCGGAGGAAGAGAGGUGCUCAUGUGUGGAAACAACAACUGCUGCAGGUGUUUUUGUGUGGAGUGUGUGGAUCUGCUGGUGGGAGCCGGUUCUGCGCAGGUGGCGAUCCGUGAAGACCCCUGGAACUGUUACAUGUGCUGCAGUAGAAACGUCUUUGGCCUCUUGAGACGCAGAGAUGAUUGGACUUCACGUCUGCAGCUGUUCUUCGCCAACAACCACGACCAGGAAUUUGAACCACCAACGUUAUUUUCGCCAGUACCGGCAGAGAAGAGACAGCCAAUCAGAGUGCUCUCUUUAUUUGAUGGCAUUGCCACAGGGCUGCUGGUGCUGAGGGAUCUGGGCAUUCAUGUGGAGCGGUAUGUGGCAUCGGAGGUGUGUGAAGAUUCUAUCACAGUCGGGAUGGUUCGACACAAGGGACGAAUCAUGUAUGUGGGAGAUGUGAGGAGCGUCACACACAAACAUAUUCAGGAGUGGGGGCCGUUUGAUCUUGUGAUUGGUGGAAGUCCUUGUAAUGACCUGUCUAUCGUCAACCCUGCCAGGAAAGGCCUUUUCGAAGGGACAGGCCGUCUGUUUUUUGAGUUUUAUCGGCUGCUUCAUGAAGCUCGGCCUAAAAAUGGAGAUGCUCGACCGUUCUUCUGGCUGUUUGAAAACGUUGUAGCCAUGGGAGUCAGCGACAAAAGAGACAUCUCACGCUUUCUGGAGUGUAAUCCUGUGAUGAUCGAUGCCAAAGAAGUGUCGGCAGCACACAGAGCUCGAUACUUCUGGGGCAACUUACCUGGAAUGAGCAGGCCUCUGGCUGCCAUGGUAAAUGAUAAGAUUGACCUGCAAGACUGUCUGGAACAUGGACGCACAGCUAAGUUUGCUAAAGUGCGAACCAUCACAACUCGCUCAAACUCUAUAAAACAGGGCAAAGACCAGCACUUUCCCGUCUACAUGGACAGCAAAGAGGACAUCCUGUGGUGUACAGAGAUGGAGAGAGUUUUCGGCUUCCCCGUCCAUUACACCGACGUGUCCAACAUGAGUCGUCUCGCCAGGCAGAGGCUUCUGGGAAGGUCGUGGAGCGUGCCCGUCAUACGGCACCUCUUCGCCCCGCUGAAGGAAUACUUCGCCUGUGUCUGAAACUCCGCCCAUCACGCGACGUGACAGCUUCCCUCUCCUUCCUUAUUUGCAUUUCCAAUAAGCUCCGCCCUCUUGUGUUCGUUUCGCUGGAGGCCUGUGAAUGGCUGGUGCUAUUCUUAUACUCAAACUCACUAGACAGCCACAUUUCAGAUAUUUAUUUGAUGUUUUAUGUACGGUAUUGUCUGUUGUUUUAGACUUUUGUCAUGUUCCAGCUGUGACAACUCUUCCUCUCUCACAAAACUGAUAGAGACAUUGUGCGUUUGUCUGAUAGAGCGGGUGAAAUAUAGAGCACAAACCGCUGCGGAACAGAAUCAGGCACUCUCUGAAAACGAAAUACUCGAACCGGAUAAACCGUUCCGACCCUAAAUCAAGUGUCACACACCGUGUUCAACUUCUGACCUGGUGUCAUGCCGCAGGUUUUUAGCAUUUUUAGCAUCGAGAUGUUUUUAUUGAAAACUUUGCAACUGCAAAAUCCAAAUUUCAGUCAGUCCAAACACAUUUGACAAUGUGUGCGUGAAUCUAAUUAAACAUUAAAAAAUAUAUAAUUCACGUUCAAGUUUCUUUUGAAUGGUGAAAUUCAUCUGACAAUUAAUAAAAAUUCACCCCCAAAUUCUCACACAUAAUAUUUGUUGUAAUGCCUUGACGUUUUAAUUGUAAAGUGUAUUGCACUCACAUUUUUACUGUCAUACAUAAAAAUAUGACAUUUGAAAACACUGAUAAUAAUUACAAAAAAUGUUUCGGGAGGGAAAAGUAAGUUUGGGAAUUGUCAUGAAAAUUAAGCAGUUGCAAAUGCAAAAUCCUAAAUCUUAGUCCUGUAAUUCGCCUCAUUGUCUUGUGCGAGGAACAAGAUAUGGUUAGGAUAUGGUGCGUCUGCAACAUGACAUUUAUUUUCACACACUUUCUAUGAGAGAGAAGCUGUGCUUGAAGAAUCAACAAUACACUGUUUACAGUUGAUAUGCUAUUUUACGGUACUACUACUAGUUACUACGGUAACUCUUCAUUUACUCAACUAACUCGACAAUGGUGCUCUCUCUCUCUCAGCAAUACCAACACAAUGCACAGCCAUAUAUAAGGCCUUUAAUGCUGGGAUUCUAUAGGGCACAUAUAGUGAGAGAGCUUAUCACACACGCUUUGUUACACACCCAUACACUCACACUGCAUACUUAAAGGUGAAGUGUGUCAUUUUUAUGAUGUUGAAAUACUUUGCUUGUUUAGAAAAGUGUAAACACUGUGGGUCUGUGGUGCUAUCAAAACAUUGCUUUGUUUGUGAAUUUGGAGCGGGGCCUUCCUGUUUGUUCGACCAAUGACAGGUGACGAUAUGAAUUUGCGUUUGUAGCCGCCAGUGAGAGAAAUUACGCUUGUCACCUUUAAAGUGUCACAACUUUAUUUUCUCCGUGAGACGGAUUCUUCCUCUGUCGUCCACGUUUGCUGUCGUCUCUGUGCAAUAUGACUGCAGCAGAUAGAUGCCAAAAUUAAACCUUGAGAUACAGUACAGGUGGAAUUAUUUCCGUAGGAUUCGACAAGACGUUUUUUUCUGAAUGCUUGUCCAGAUACCACCAUGUUUACUGUACAUUACUCUGUGUGUGUGUGUGUGUGUGUGUGUGUGUGUGUGCGUGUGUGUUCAGUCAGGUAUCAGGGAUGUUGUGUAGUUUCAAGACCGUGCAUGUGUCUCUACUGUUGGUGCAGUAAAUCAGUGGUGCCGCAGAAAUUCAUGGUGCAGCUUUAUGGUGCUUAGUUUCCGUUCCCUGAUUGUGUUUCGCGUUCGGUUCGUUUUUCUCUCUCGUGAACUGUGAGAAGGGUCGUCCACACUGAGUCGGCUAUUUUUAGUGAUGGGCAGCAUAAGCAGAUUAAAGAAUACUGGCUUUCUUUCUGUUUAUAAAUUGGAAUGUCAAUUGAGUUGACCACACAAUUCACAUUUGAUGGAAUUGCACUUCAGAAAAGCUUUGCUCGACAGAUGUUUCCGUCUUGUAAGCCCGUUCCAUGUUUUGCUUCAUUUUUAGGAUUUUUAGGGACAGUAGACCCAAAAACUAAAAUUCUGUCAUCAUUUACUCACCCUCGAGUUUGUUCUGAUAAACACAGAGAAAGAUAUCUGGAAGAAUGCUUGUAACCAAACAGUUCUUGGCCACCAUUGACUACCAUAGUAGGAAGAAUUACAGUGAAGUGCUACAUUCUUCAAAAUAUCUUUGCGUUUAACAGAACAAAGACAUUUAUAAAGCAGGAUAGCCAAUAAAAUGAAGGUUGUUUUCUAAAUAAAAGGAAAUAGCUAAUUAAAAAGAAAAUGCAAAUUAUUGCAACCUAAAUUUAUUUAAAAUUUGAAAAUGAAAUGUAUUAUUAAAGAGAUGGUUCACCAAGAAUGAAAAUAUUCAUUACUGUAAUGCGUAAAAGUAUUUUUGUUUUAAUGCUUUUGAUGCAUAUUUCAAGUUGAAUGAUUACAGUUAUUUUAACUGUCAUUACUGUAAUCAUAUUUUUACAGUAAAUGAGAAGAUAAUAUAUAUAUAUAAUAUAUAAAAUAAUAACAAUAGGCAUUUUGUGCUCAAUUUCAAGAAAAUGAUUCAGAGACCUGAUCUUAAUAGCCGUGAAACAGGUGUCACUGUCUCUUUUGAGAAGAAGAACCUAAAAAUAAAAUAUUGCUGUUUCAUUUAUAACAUGCAGUUUUCCUGUUGAGACGUUAUUAUGGACGUCAAAUUCUGAAGUAACAGUCUAUUUUUUAAUCCUGACUGAAACUUAGAUUUACUAAUUGUAAUUUGAAAAUAGAAUUCUGCAUCCUGUUUUAUAUUCAAUAUAAACGCAACAAUGCAUCGCAGCGGCCGCCCUUAGGAGUGCAGAUGGCUACAGUGUGGACGUCCUUUAAGGAUCAGACUGGUGUUUGGACCACAUGCUAAUCUACACACCGACUAGCGUUACGAAUCUACCCUCCUGUGGUUCUGGUAGUCUAAUGUAUUUUGUGCUUCUCGCUCAGGAUUCUGGGAAAGUGGCCCAUUUGUGUGUGGUGCCAUGAACCCAGGUCACACGGUGCUCCCAGAUUCUUGUGGUAAGCGUGGCUUAUUUCGGUGUGACCAAAAAUUUCACACUUGGAUUACACACAAAACUGGAUUGCUGUACAAUUCUACUCUGUGUUCUGUUUUAUAAUCCUGUUUCAGUAAACGGGAAUCUGGUGCUGACGGAGAUGCUCGUUCUUGAAAAUCGAGGACUUUGGCCCUCAAAAGAGGGGAGAGUUUAUAAAGACAACAUUUCCACCAGGAGAGGAAGCAAAUGGGGUUUUGGCUUCAUCAUCCCUUCGGAUUUAUGGCUAAUGUCGCCAGCUCAUGAACGUUGUACAAUUUUAUUUGCAGAUUCAGACGUGAACGGUUAUAUUACAGUCGAUUACAUGUUGAAAUAGCUUUUUGUUAUAGUUAUGUUAUAGUAAACCUCUGCUUUAGAGAAACUCAUUUUAAGGUGAAACAUCCUGUCAUUUGAACAUUUUGGAGUGGUUAUCCAAAGGUUAUCAUUUGAAAACGUCAUUUAGGUUGUUUAAAUUCAAUUUAAACUCAAAUGUUACCGAAAACAGUCGUUAUUAGAUGUUUACUUGUGCACAGUAUCCCAAAAUUGUGCACACUACUCACGAUUCACGAUCCAGACCGCCUUUCAGAGCGAAGUCGAGUGCAUAACCACAUUCAAAAAAGCGUUUUGCAUUGCCUUAAAUUCAUGAAAUUUUGUUCUAAUGCAAUUUCGAGCGACGUAACAGUUCACAGUGUUUUGAAUGCAGGAUGUUCUUCAUUAAACGUGUGGUAGAGUCGAUUCUUUGUGGCGCUGUGCUGGGUCGAACCGCUCGUAGCCUAGAGUCAGUUCGUGUUCGUUUGGUGAAGAUUGGUAAAUCCUGUAAUGCGACGUGAGGUUUGAUUGUUAUUAGUCGAGACUUCAGUGGUAGGUGAAAUGUACAUAGAUACGUUUGCAUUUUUUAGCAUUUUAUUACGUUUCGUGUGCUGGUGUUUUCAAAUUCAUUUCGAGUAAUUCUGCCGUGAUAUUUGGCUAGUGUACGAUUAUAUGCAUGUCUGUUAUAAUAAAGAGGGUCGAAGGCAGAGCUUUGAGCCAGUGACGUCGAAAGGCGUGUCCAAUUAACGCAUCAGCCAGAGAAUCGUUUUCUAUAUAUGAACUGUCGUGUGGGAAGAUGAUUGACGGGUGAUGAUGUUGAGAGCCCACCGACCACCCGUUGUCAGCUUUAAAGGGGGCGGGGUCUCGCGUGAGGUUUUUGCAGUGAAGGCGUUUCAAAAAGGUGCUAUACAAUUUAUUCUUAAAUGAGAAGAGAAUGACGUGAAACUAUAUCGUAAAGGAAUUUAGAUUUGAUUGGUUUUGACGAUGACUGUUUUUAAGUUGUGUAGUCUUGAAAAAGCACUAUUAUUUUACUCUUUUAUGAAUAUAUUAACAAAAGCAUUUUAACUUUGUACUUGAUGAAAAUGUAAUAGUAAAAAAAGAAGAAUAAAAAUGUACAGAAUCAUGUGUUUAGCCUAGACUUUACUGUAGUAUGUGCCUCUCAGUAAAAGAAAACAAAAACGUCCAUUCAUACCGUAUUCAUAUCCUCCCUUCAAGUCAUGUCGGAACGAUCGUAUUUACGAGAUGAGCGCACGGGAACGUCACAUUAUUACUAUUCGAAAAUGCUGGAUUUUUUUAAAGACCAAAGUUGGGGGUGUGUCUAUUAAAGAAUCUUUGUAAAUGCUGACUGUCUGUUUUGCGUACUGUCGAAAUUAAAUAGCUACAGAGCUCAUCAUUCUCUGUGCCAACACAAGAAUGUUACCGUUCACAGAUAAAACAUCAGCUACGCACCAUCGCUCCUCAUUUUGUUGCAUUAAUGUCAAUGACAAAAUUUAAAUAUGAAAUUGUCAGAGCACAGAUGUUUUUUUGAGCAAAAUCACUCCAACGCGCAUCACAUCGUAACUACGACUUCUCUCUCGACUUCCCACGAGGGCUUGAAGGCUGAUAUACUGUGCACUGUAACACAACUGCUUGAAAGUGAUGGCAAAACUACAUUACCCAGCAUUCCUAUCUACAUACUCCCUCCAUGUACUCUUGCUACAGUCAGACUGUAAUGUUUGUUUUAUAUAUGAUUGUUGUUGCAUCAAUAUUUAUUGCCUACAGCCUCGUCCAUCUAAAUGUCACUGGUCUCUCUCUCUCUCUCUCUCUCUCUCUCUCUCUCUCUCAUACUUAAAUCUAUAUCACACAUUAAAGAUCUCUUUUUCUUUCUUUCUUUUUUACACACUCAGUUUUUAUUUACAUUUAGCCUCUCUCUCUCUCUCUCUCUCUCUCUCUCUCUCUGUGGCUGUAGUUCUGUUGUAUUUCGAUGGUCUUUAGGAUGUUAAAGUAGCAGCUCAUCCUUCCAUAACUCUCUCUCUCUCUCUGUACGCAGUGAAAGGGGAUGAAGCUAAAUAACGGCUUCUUUCCAGUGCACUUGUGCUGGGGAACACUUGAAUUAAAUGUACUGUUUUUGUGCUAAACAUGAUUCUUGUCCUGUCUUUCUU